AUGAGCAUUGACGAUAUUUAUUUAAAGAAACCCAAAACUAAAUUUACUAUUGAAUCAGGAAGCAGUGAUGAUUUUACAUUUACUUGUGCUUCCAUGUAAGGAUGGAGAAAAACAAUGGAGGAUGCAAUUAUAAAAGAAAAACUGUCUACAGGAGAAUAUUUAUUUGGAAUAUUGGAUGGCCAUGGAGGAUUUGAAGUUUCCUCUGUUGUAUCCAAAUAUUUACCGCGCUUUUUGGAAUCAAAUAUCAAAUUUAGAAAUAAACAAUAUGAAGAGAGUCUGAGAGAAUCUUUUAUUGCUAUUGAUAAAUGGUUAAUAACCUCAGAGGGACUUUAAGCUCUGGUAGAAGAAAAAUAUCAAAUGCCUGUUGAUGAUUUGAUCAAAAACAUUAAGAAUUAAAAAAAACAAUUGAAUAAAGAGUUUUUCGAUUUAAGUCAACUGGCUAAAUUGGCAUCCAAGAAAAUUGUAGAAUUGAUUGGAACCUCGAUUAUCGAUGAAAGUGGGUCUACUGCCAAUAUUAUAUUAAUAACUAAAGACUCAGUCUAUUGCGCGAAUAUCGGCGACUCAAGAUCUGUUGGUAUUCAAAAGGGAAAAGCCAUUAUAAUGAGUUUCGAUCACAAACCUACUCAUGCGAAGGAGAGAUCAAGAAUUUGUUAAGCAGGCGGAUUUGUAGCUGAUGGAAGAGUCUGUGGAGCACUUUCACUCUCAAGAGCAUUUGGAGAUUAUCAAUAUAAGGAUGAUAUGGUGAUAGCUAUCCCUGAAAUUAGAGUUUUUAAAAAUAUUUAAAUGAUUUUUAUGGCUUGUGAUGGAAUAUGGGAAGGCUUAAAUGAUUAUGGCGAAAAUAUCACUUAAAAGAUAUUUAAAAAUAAUAGAGAACCUUCUGAUGAAAAGUUAAAAUCGUUAAUGAAUCAAAUCUUAGCUCCUUCAAUGACAGAAGAAACUAUUUGGGGCUUAGAUAAUAUGUCUUGCAUUCUGAUUGACUUUAAGAAUCAAUAAAUUAAAAAUAAUAAAAAACCAUUAAAAAUUAAAAAAACGAUAAAAAAGUAGAAAAAAUGAGUUAGAAUAUAUUUAUUUCCUUUUUGACAUAUUCAAAUUUUCCUUUAA